UCAUAACAAAAAACAUUUCAGAAAUUAUUAAAUACCGCGUGAAUAACAAUACAUUUAUAAUUACAGUUUCGUAAGUUAAAAUAGGCUUUUUUCUUAAAUUGGGAGCACCUAUUUCAGAACAUGUUGUUUUAAACAAACACAUAUUUAGUGAAUUAAUAUGCGACACAGUUGAUCGAUAAAGUUUACACAAAUAUUUAUUAUUGCAACAAUAUUGGUUAAACGUUUGGUUGAAGAAAUUGCGCUGCUGAUUAUUGCAUUUUGAGCUGUCAUACAUAUUGCUGAUGUAAAUAGUGCUGUUAUACAGCUGAUUGAUAAAUUUACGAAAAUAUUUCACUAAGUGCGUUCAUAAAACUGUAAUUUUUAUAAUGGAUGAAUAUAAUGACGAGGAGUUGCUCAGUGAUUUUGAAAGGCGUGUGCACGAGGUCAGUUUAUCAGAAGAUGCACGAGUGGCACUGGAUGACAAAUUCGAUUUUAGUGGACGUGAUUUCUAUUCAAUGCAACAAAGAAGACUGAAUCAGCAAUUUCAAUUACCAUCGCAAAUGACUUCGAAAACAGAUCAUGGACAUGUUUCUGCAAAAAAACUAUCUCGUGGAGGAAAACUAGCACUCAUAAUUAAACACGAGGAGCAAUCAAACAAAAAUGGGAAAGUUUACUCGGACAUUAAAUCCAGCAGGCAUAAUAGUAGCAUUAACAGGAUAACGCAGCCUAAUAUAAAUAAUACUAAUAUAGAAACUAAUGAGUUAAAAAAACUUAAUAUAAAAAUAGAAGUAAUAGAAAAUCUACACAGAUAUUGUAAUGAGAAUCAAGACUUAGACGAAGUUGAACGCAUAAAGGAAUUAAUAAUCAAAAGAACAAAAAUUGUGAAAAAACAAAGAGAGAGAGAUUCUCUGCGCCAUGCAAAAAUAGAAAAUAGAUACUUUGAGGAAAAAACAGACAUAGUUAAUGUGAUUGAGCACUCAAUACAAUCAGAAUCUCGGAAUAAUAAAAAUAUAGACAAAGAAGACUGCAUUGAGUAUUCAUCUUUGAAGUCACAAAAUAAUGAAGACACAGACGUAAAUGAAAUUAGUAGUAACUCAUCCAUAAAUUCAUGUCAAAAUCAAGACGCUUCAUCAACUAUAAGUAGAGUACCUGAUAAACUUUGUAGCAACAUAUCGCAGGAAUCCACAACAGAAUAUGUUAGUAAAGAAUCAUAUAACUGUUCGGUUCAAAAUCAACAAAAUUUAAAAGUAUCUACAAGAGAGUUACCGUUUUCAUCGACUCCAGUACAGUCAAUUCAAAUAACAGAAGUUUUAAAAAAUACGAAUGACGCUCAUCACACUUCGUUCAAAAUUUUUGAUCAUUUGGUAUUAGCACAUUCAAAAUUUCCGGUUAAAAGUAUAGAAAAAUUAGAAUAUAUAUCCUUUAUGGAGGAAAUAUUAAACGGAAUUAAAGAAUUGGGAUUAAAAAAAAUUCUUCGUAUUCAGUCAUAUGCUUGGCCGCAUUUAUUGCGUGGUAAUUCAUCACUUAUCAUUAGUGGCGCCGGGUCAGGUAAAACAUUUUGUUACAUUCCUGCAAUUUGCAAUUCAGUUGCUUUUCGCAUUAUAAACAAAGGAGUUAAAAAUAAUUCUGGUCCAAUUGCAAUUAUUAUGUUAUCUAAAGCAGAGGAGAUUGAAAUCGUCAUAUAUGUAUGUGAGUUUUUAUUGCAGAAAUGUGGCAUAAAAAGCAGGUGUGUUGACGCAUAUGGUGUGAGAAAUCUAUUGGAAACAAAAAUGAAACUUAUAAAUGGUUGUCCAAUAUUAGUUGGAACGCCUUCAAGUUUACGACUUAUACUUGAAGAGAACAAAACUGUGCCGUUAAUUGACGGCGCACGUGUAAAGCAUUUCGUAAUGGAUGAUAUUGAUGUUAUGUUAGAUACAAAAAAAGAUUUUUUAGAUGUAAAAAAAAAUUUGUUGAAACUAUGUAAUAAGAAAGAAUUGCAAAUUGUAGCUACUUCUCGUGUUUGGAAAACACUUUUUCUUCAAUACCUGCAAACUUUUACCGAUGCAUUAUUAAUUAUUGGAGACUUCUUAGAAGCAGCGAUGUAUAAUCAUACAAAAAUCAAUUUAAAAAUUUGCGGAGCUAUAAAUAAAAUUGAAAGAAUAACGAAAUUUUUGGAGGAUAACUCAUACGAAAGUCAACGGUCAAUAGUUAUUUGUAAUUGUACGGAAGAAGUGAAACGUGUCCAGGAUGCUUUGUUGGCGAAUAAAAUUUGUUGUUUAGCAUAUGAUUUAGAAUCUGAUUUCCUAAUUCUUAAAAAAAAUAUAUUUUUGAAAUCAUGCCCACCAGUAUUAAUAUGUACAGACGAUAUUCUACACGAGAUGCCUGAAUUGCAAAAUGUAGUAAAUCUUGUACAUUAUUCAAUGCCUUCAUCGUGGACACGUUUUACAAGACGUUUUCUGUUAAUGUUGCGAAAUGUAAGAAAUAUAUUAGCAGACGAUUUUAUAUGUAAGUCUCGCGAAUCUUUGCCUAAGACUGCUUCACUAGUUUUGUUAGAUGAAGAAAAUGAACUACAAUUGCCACGUUUAUUCAAUUAUAUCAACAAACAUGCCACAAAUCAGGCAGAUGAUAUGGCACAAAUACAAAAAAUGAUUGCCGAAAUAGUAGAAACUCGCAGAGCGACAAAAGCGUUAUGCCCCUUUAUGUUAAACACUGAAACCUGUGAUCAACCCCGUUGUGAUUAUCGGCAUAAGUUUAUGGACUCAGAAAUAGUCAGGGAUAGUGUGGUCCCUACGACAGGAGAAUUACGUAUAACAAUCCUUAAAGUAAUUUCGCCUACGCAUUAUAUAGCUCAGCUUAACGAAUUAAGACCUAUAAGCACUUCGGAAUGGAAUGUGAUUCAUCAGUCUGAUAUGGCAGGGCCGUUUCAAAGUAAACUAACUUUACAUUAUAAUAUGCAAACGAGAUUAAAAGUUAAAUGGCCAAUAACUAUAAAUGAUAUAUGUGUAACUGAUUUAUCUGAUGUGUUUUAUCGCGUACAAGUAACUCAUUUGCCAAACAUAAAAAAUAAAAAUAUUUUUACUAAUAUUUCAGUGACUGUGAAAUUUUUAGACAUUGGGAUAGUAUCAACAGUUCAAUCUACUUCACUUUUCAUUUGUGAAGAUGAAUUUAUUAACUUUCCACCACAAGCUAUUGAUAUACGUUUGUUGGGGGUGCAACCGCAUAAUGAUGAGCGUUUUUGGCAUAGAGAUAUUACGAAAUUCGUUACGAAUGUUUUAAUUACGAAUAGAGUAAAAACUGAUAAAGUCUUUGCAAAGAUCAAUUUUUCUUCAACUAAUUGUAUUUGGGUUGACAGUGUUUACGUUCAGGAAUACUUGGAAACUACACGAACUUGGAUUAUUAAGGAAAAUUUAAAGAAGUGUUUGGUUGCUAAUAACUUUGUUAUGACGAUACCUGAAAAUCAAAGCGAUAUACGUGCAAUUGCCUUGCAAUGUGGUUUAAUAAAGGAAAAGGCAACAGAAGUCUCUGUAGCUGAAGUCAAAGAAAUGGAAUUGAUAAAUACUGCGGAUAUUAAACAAGAGCAAAAUUUACAAGAUAAUAAAUAUAAAGACAUAAGUACUGUCAAAGAAGAUAUUGAAACCCAAGUUCAUAGUAACAAUACACAACAAGAACUGCUCUCAAAUAAUAGUGUAUACAAUAAUUUUGGACUCAAAGAUGCUCUAAGCGAGUCGAAGUGUACAGAAAAACAACAUUUUGAAGCAAACAUUAAUGAAAAAGCUAUCAAUGAAUAUGAUCACUCCCUAGUAGACGAAGAUAAGGAAUCUCCGCUGGUCCAUAGAGAAACGUGGGUAGCAGCACCACUGAACACUUUGAUUCAAGUUGAAUAUGCCGAUGAAUUAAAUAGUUUUUUGCCUGAUAUAUAUGUUCAGCUAUAUGAUGUAGCUAGCAAUACACAGUUUAAAAGUGUAGUUAAUUUAACAAAAAGUCAUGUUGAAAUGUUGAAAGAAAAUUCAGAGUAUGUGUUUCCCAAAAAGUUAUUGUGUCCGAAGGAGAACUGCAUCAUUAAAAACGAUAAUAUAUAUAUGCGCGCUAAAUAUUAUGAAAGCUUUGAAGAUGAGAACUUCGAAAUUAUUCAUACGUUUUUCCUAUGCGACUACGGUGGAUUUUUAAAAAUCAGCGAAGAGAAACUUUACGACGAUUUUUUAUUUGAGACUACAGAAACAAUAACGAAUUACGCUCCUUUUCAGGCGAUCCAUUGCAACUUAGCAGGGUUACAGUAUAAAGAAAAUGCACAAAAUUAUUUAGAGCUAUCUGCUGUUUAUCUGUUUGUAUAUCCUGUAAGAGAAAAUAAAAACCAGGUUUUCGGUUUAAAUUCGUAUGAUAUACUGCUGUACGAAACUGAUACAUUGAAAAAUACGCAAGCACUGAAUUUAUAUAAUGCAAAGCUUGUUAUUGAUGGCAAUGCUAUAUGGGAUGAUGGUGCAGAAGAUUUUAUUAAAAUAAAGCCUAUUUUUUGUAAGGUUUAUUCAAUAUCAUUUGAAAAUGAGACGCAUACUGAAGAUACACGUGAUUACGAUAAACUUUUGAAAAUAAUCAAAAAUAUUGAUUUAUCAGACAAUUUAGAAACAAACGGAAAUGCAUUAUCUUCUGAUGAUUGUUUAAAGGACAAUUCAGAAACAAAUGGAAAUGCAUUAUCUUCUGAUGAUUGUUUAAAGGACAAUUCAGAAACAAAUGAAAAUGCGUUAUCUUCUGAUGAUUGUUUAAAGGAUAAGCCGGAAACAAAUGGAAAUGCAUUAAAAUCUGAUAAUAGUUUAAAAAAAAAUUUAAAAACAAAAAAAAAUGAAUUAACGUCUGAUGAUUGUUUAAAGAAAAAGUUUAAAACGAAAAAAAAUGUACUAAGAUCUGUUGAUUAUGUUAACCACAAAAGAAACGAUCAAUAUUUUCAAGACUGUAAUAAUCAACAAACAUUUUUAUCCACAUUAACAACAGGAAAUGUUAAAAAUCUAUCAUACACCGAAUCCCAGGUUGAAACUGAAACGGAUAUUGAAGGUAUGCCUCAAUUAAAAUUUUCAUAUGUUGCUCCAACAACUUACUGGUAUGAAACAGAUCACCGUAUAUGUUUAAAAAUAAGUGCAUUUGAUAUUGAAUCAUAUCAACUAAGAGUCACUCAGAAGACACUUAUUUACUUUGCAUUAGCGAAUGGGAAACGCUACUCAUUAAUUUUGAACUUUUUGGGCUUAAUAAAUGCUAAAAGUUUUACACAAAAAUUACGUGGUCAAUAUCUAUAUGUACAUCUAUUGAAGUGUGUCUUUAUGCAGUGGCCUCGUAUUUUAGAGCAAAAUAUCAAAUACAAUUGGUUUUUAAAGGACAUAGAUAAAAUAAAUAUUGAAUAUGAUGAUACAGAAGAAGAGCAGUACUUAGAAUCAUUUCAAGAAGAUUCUCCGUAUUAUUCAGCUGAAGAGGAUGAAGAAUUCAAUCCCACAAUGGCAUCGAAGAAUAAACUUGAUGAUGAUUAUGAUGAUCCAUUAUUGGAUAUAUAAAUAAAUUACAUUUUUUUUUUGUCAAAUGGUAUACAUAGACUGGGUAAUUUCUUGACUCUAAAAACGAAAAAAAUUGUAUGCAAGAAAAAAUUUUAACUUUUAAUAUUAAUCGAAAUACAGGGUGGCAAAGAAAGCUACUCAAAGUUUUUCUGACUUUUUCUUUUGUGAAUUUUUUUUAAGUUUAUUAUUUUUGAUUGUAAAUACUGCGUAAGGUUUAUGUUAAUAAUUUGACAAUUUGUAAAAAUUAAAAUAUAUAAAUAUAUAAUUGUUUGAUAUCUUUAGUAAUAAAUCGC